AUGAAGCUCCAAACAGUCCUUGCUCUCACCACAGCCACACUCAGCGUAAGCGCUGGGAAGUUUUUAGACCCAACUUUCUACGCGCGUGAAGUCGCCCCUCGCGAGUCCUCACGUAUCGAAGACUACCGGGCUGCCCAUGUGGGCAAUCUUACACCGGAGCAAACCAUAGUCCUCGACGACAUCCAAGCUGCGAUUCCAUCCCCUGCUGAUGCAGACUUGCCCGGGCUUGAAAAUGCUUGUUUCAAGGCCUUCGAGGCUGCGGAGUGCAAGUUUCUUUUAACUGGCAAAACUGCGGCUAGCAAAAUGAAGCGCGAUAAUAAUUUGAUCCGUCGAGCUAUGUGUGAUUGCAGCGAUGAAAGCGAUUGGUGUGAUGAUGGCUUCCGAUGCUCAUAUCACCAGGAUAGCUGCGGCGUCUAUAGUGGUUGUGGCACUCUAAAUGCAUAUCCAUGUGACGGGUUAUGUAUUGUGCAAUAA